GAGCUCUCGCGCACUUUCUUCUCAGCAUUGUGUGUGUACGUUCGCUCAGCUGUUCUGGUCAGAAGCGAUCGCGGCUCAUCCGAUUGCACAAAUUUUCGAAGCUUUGGAGUUUAUUUUUAGUAGCAGUGCCAUGUCGUUUUGGUACAAUCCUCGUGGAUUUUUGCUGCGUAAGAGCACGUUGCUCGUUCUCUGAUCUAUUCGAUAUGAAAAAACGUUUUCUUCAUUGAUUGACAGACUUCGUUCACGAGUUAGCACGGUUAUCAGAAAUUUGACAUUAAUCCGGGUUCGAUGUGCUCCGCAAAUUGACGUUUAAUUUUAACCGUAAUAAUUAAGGAUUAACCAUGAAGAAGACACGUUCAAAUAUAUUUCGUGACAUUUAUUAUCAGCCCUACAAUGAUUACACCAGGAUGAAGCUUUAUUCCAGCAGCAAAGCAAGUCUUCAAAUGAUGCAACGUAUGGCAUUGUUGAAGAGAUUAAAAGUUCACAAUGGUUGUGUAAACUCUGUUUGUUGGAAUGCUACUGGAGAAUUGAUAUUGUCUGGUAGUGAUGACCAGCAUCUUGUCCUUACAAAUGCUUAUAAUUAUGAAGUAUUAACAGACUAUAAGACCAGUCAUAGAGCAAAUAUAUUUAGUGCAAAGUUUUUGCCUAAUAGUGGUGAUCAUCGAAUAGUUUCUUGUAGUGGUGAUGGCAUUAUUUUGUAUACAGAUUUAAUAAGAAGAACAAAAACAUUUCAUAAUCAAUUUAAUUGUCAUGUCGGUACUACAUAUGAAAUAGCAACAAUACCCGGUGAGCCGCAUAAUUUCUUAAGCUGUGGGGAAGAUGGAACUGUAAGAUGGUUUGAUCUUAGAAUAAAGGACAAGUGUAAUACUUCAAGGUGCAUGGAGGAUGUGUUAGUUUCUUGUGAAAGAGCUAUAACUGCUCUGUCUGUAAAUCUUGCUUCACCCCAUCAAAUAGCAAUAGGUUGUUCUGACAGUACAGUUAGAAUACUUGACAGAAGAACACUUGGAACACCAGCUACUGGCUGGACAGAUACGCCUGGAGCAGUAAAGGCCUUAUGUACUUUCACUGUCCCGGAAUUUGAAGGGAAUUCUUACAGAAUAACAUCGUUGAAUUAUAGUCCAGAUGGGCAGGAUGUUCUUGUUAGUUAUAGCAGCGAUCAUCUUUACCUGUUCAAUGUGAAGGACCAAGCUAGUAUACAGUUAAAGAAAGAUGUCGCAGUUAGAAAAGGAGAGGGUAAGAAGCAAAGAUUACGUUCGCCAUUGCCAGUACGUAGACUAAGACUUAGAGGAGACUGGUCUGAUACCGGUCCCGAUGCUCGACCUGAAUGCGAGGGCGGUCGACGUAGCGGUACAGAAAUUGCUCAAGCCAGACCUGUUCUUCAAACUUCGUUAAUGCAGAGAAUGACUGAUGUUCUCAGUAGAAUGUUAAAUGACCCAGCCACUAGAGCCGCUUUAUGCGGCGGCGGUGAAGAUAGCUUAGAAGGCGUGAUCGAUCAUCAAGAUAACACUCAAAAUAGCAACGAAAGCGUUACGGAAUCAAACGAAGAGAGACGAGACAACGAAACCGAAAGGGUUGAAAGAGCUCCGACUCAGGCUAAUCAAGAAAUAGCUGUUUCAGAGCAACAACCAGAUAGAUUAGAAAGUCCAAGUACUAGCGGUACGCAAAGUAAACCUGGGACAAGUUGCUCUGUAGAAACGAAAGAAGAAAUGCCAUCCAAUGAAGCAAUGCCUUUGAAGCAAACGAUCGAUGAGAGUUUAUCGUCGGUCGAAUCCAAAUCACAUGUUCCUAUGGAAAUUGAAUCUAGUCAAGUAGAAACACAACAGUGUUUUGUUCAACCGUGUUCAUCGCGUACUAUGGAUAAGUCCAGUGAUCUACCGGAAGAUGAUCAAAGUAGCAAUGACGACUCUCCUUGUAGCAGUAUGGAAAAUAAACAAGAAGGACAUAUGAUGGAAAACCUUCAAGAUAGAUUAACGAAAAUGAGAGUCGGAUUCCUUGAAAAACACGGCAGUGAACCUGCUGUAAGUUUAACUUAUACGGAUAAAAGUUCAUCAAGUGCAACGAUAUCUCUUGGUGUAGCCGAUGAGAUGAUUCGUGAUGGUUAUCAUGCGGGACCAUCUGGAAGUAGUGGAACAUUCUCGGGCAGAAAUCAUGACAAACAUAUACGAUAUAGUGAUAUACAAGAAAAGACUGAUGAAAGCGCUUUUAGUGAUAGCGAGGAUGAAGAUAUACAAGCUGGAGGAAGAUUAGGAAGUUCAGCAGAAACAGAAAUGGAGGAAGCUAUGGGAGAUGCUCCAACGCGCCGAGGAUCGGCGAAUUUCGACAAAACGUGCGUAACGGAGCUUCGCGUCAAGCAGAAAUAUAUGGGACACCGUAACGCUAGUUUCUUUAGGACCAUGAUUAAAGAAGCAAACUUUUGGGGCAACGAUUUCGUCAUGUCGGGUAGCGAUUGUGGCCAUGUGUUCAUAUGGGAGAAAGACACGGCCAGAUUAUGCAUGUUACUGGAAGCAGAUCAACAUGUCGUUAACUGUUUGCAACCACAUCCGUAUUUACCACUGUUGGCCACAGCUGGUAUUGAUUACGAUGUUAAGCUUUGGGCACCGAUAAACGAAGAAUCUAGCUUUGAUGAAAAGUUUGCGGAAGAUUUGAAAAAGAGGAAUGCAGUCAUGUUGGAAGAGACGAAAGACACAAUGACUGUACCGGCUGUUUUUAUGAUCAGAAUGCUGGCAUGUCUCAAUCAGAUACGCAGAGGACGCGGUCGGAACAGGAGGAGGAGCGGCGACGAGGCCGGCGAAUUACGAGGUGGCUAAGCUGCUUUUGGCGAUACUGUCGUCUGUGAAGAUCUCAACUGGGACAAUUUUUAUCGCAACGCCAGCUGAUCAGAUUUCGAAUUUACCUUCGAAACAAAAAGAAAAAAAAGGAGAAACUACAAAAAAAUAGUAAAAUAAGAAUCAGGAAGGGAAAAAGAAGAAUUCAUAUAUUUAUGAUUUACCGUUGCAACACUACUUCACUGUUAAUUGUAAGGAUAUUUAAUCUGAUAAGCUUUGCGUACGUAUCAUUACUGCACCGAGAAAGAUAAGUCGAAUUUUUUUUCUUUACCACUUUUAUUUUCUGUCGCUUUUUUUCUUCUGACUCUGUUUAUACCGCGUGUUUGGUGUAUCAAGCUUGUGCAAUGUAAUUGUUUUUCUCGUCUUUCGAAUUUAUAAAGUUAUUUGGUUUGGAGAGGAAAAUACGAUAAGGUCAAAUAUUUUCGAUAUUUUAUACAGAAUUUUGGUGUCAGGUUCGGAUCUAUAAUUGGAACUAUAAUAUAAUACAUGUUACUUAGGAUGCAAGUAAAGUGCACUUGUUAAUUAACUAUUUAUCACACAUAUUUCUCGAUAAUGUUACGCUGUUGUAGUUAAUUGAUAAUUGAUUGGAAAUGCACUUUAUUCGUCCUCCCGUUAAACGAGCCUUAAGGUGCACAAUAAUAUAAUAAAUGUAAUAUAAAUACUAGGGUUCCAUUUAAGAAUCUGAACCUUGACAUUUAAUCUUCCUCGCCAAAUUAAACAACUUUAUAUCUCCGAACUUUUUAGAAACGGUUACGUAUUAUACGGUUAAAUUUAACGUUUCCGUGUAUUCUCAUCGUUAAUGUUCAAUUUAUAUGCAGUUCAAAGAUAAAAAAUUCCACCGUGCCUGUUUCACGGUCACAUGUUUUCAUUUUCUUUUCUCUGUUUUCUUUUCCGUGUGAUGAAAUAACGAAGUUAACGAAGAUUGGCCGAUAUUUUGAGGUAACUUAUUGACACAUAGAGGAACAUAGGCAAUCGCUAAGUUUGUAGAUUCGUUCGCUCAGUUCGAUAAAGUAGGAAUGCUUGCGACGUAGAGACGCUUGCAGAGAGAUCGGAGAUCGGAGAGCUUGCGAGCAUCGUUUUUCUAUAGAAUGAUGUUCAGGCACUCGAAGGUUUCACCAAGGGAGAGAAACGUCGUUGUAGGAUACCGUGGUGUACCGAUAUAUAUUCAGAGAAUUUAUUUAUAAUAAAAAUUCUGAAGAAGGCAAA